CUGCAGACUGGAGCAGCCCUGACUGACACUGUGAGCAGCUGCUGGUGUAAAUAAAGAUUAACCAGCACAAAAAAACUAAUAAUCAAACCGGGCGUCAUCGGGUUAAACUGCCUCUAGUUGCUUUCAUUCAUUCGCUCACUUCUCUGUGAAGCUGCUUUUUUCAGUCCUUUGCUCUUUUUCUUUUUAAAACCACAUUUGCCAAGAAACGGGACAAACCCCCUCAAAAAGCAACAUGGCUGGUUUAAUGGCAGGUUUCGGUCAGUGCACCCACGCCAUCGUCCGGGGGAUCCCCGCGUCCCUGGCCGGAGAGGCGCUCCGGAUCUGCGCCGCGGAGGUGGACCUCGCCGGCGCGCGGAGGGAGCAUGACGCGUACGUGGAGGUGCUGAGGACCAGGCUCCGGCUGGACGUGGUCGAGCUGCCCGCCGACGAGGCGAUGCCGGACUGCGUGUUCGUGGAGGACGCGGCGGUGGUGUGCGGUGACACGGCGCUCAUCACCCGCCCCGGGGCCGAGAGCCGCAGGACGGAGACGGAGGAGAUGAAGGCAGCUCUGAAGGCUCUGAACCUGAACAUCGUGGAGAUGACGGAUGAAACUGCCACACUGGAUGGAGGAGACGUGCUUUUUACAGGUCAAGAGUUCUUUGUGGGCCUUUCCAAGCGGACCAAUCAGAGAGGAGCAGAGAUCCUGGCUGAUGCUUUUAAGGACUACGCUGUGUCCACGGUGCCCGUGCAGCAGGGCCUGCACCUGAAGAGCUUCUGCAGCAUGGGGGGACCCGGCCUCAUCGUCAUCGGCUCCAGUGAACCGGCACAGAAAGCUCUCAAAAUCAUGCAGCAGAUGAGCGACCAUCGCUACGACAAGCUGACGGUGCCCGAUGACCUCGCCGCCAACUGCGUCUACAUGAACCUGCCUGAUCUGGGCCACGUGCUGCUGCACUGCACCGCCGAGGAGUUUCCAGAGAGCGCCAAGGUGUUUGAGAAGCUGAAGGACUACACCCUCAUCCCUCUGGCCAACAGCGAGAAGGUGAAAGUGGACGGAGCCCUCACCUGCUGCUCGGUGCUCAUCAACAAGAAGAGCAACAACUGAGCCUGCUCACCGGGGGGGGGGACACACACAGAAAAUGUGAUUUCCCUUCAAAACCCCCAACAUUACCAAGUUAAAUGUCUUAAAUGAGUUUGAAUGGCUCCGUUGGCACAAAUUCCAAUUAGUUGCCGGUUAUAUUUCGAUAUUUUACUAUUAACUUGAAUAUAUUUUAACAUUUCCUACACAAGGUAAAUAAAUAGGCCCAUUUUACUUCUAGGUGUUUCUACUUCUAUCAUUUUGUUCUUUAGUCGAGUAACUGAUCAAAUAUGAUGCUAAUUAAAUACAAAUAUCUGUUCUGAUGUGAUACUGAACCUGCCAAUCUUCUCAAUUUGUAUUUUUUGGGGAUGAGGAAGUAUUCUCAAUUCUUGGCAGUAAGAAGUGGGAACCAGUUAAUUGAAAUGUGUGAGCCAGUUAAUCAAAAGGUGGGAACCAAUGUAAUAAAACAUGGCCUCACUAUAUAUAUACAUUGUCUUCAGUCUAUGACCACUCCCAUGCUCCUUACAAAUGUAAACAGUUUGUUUAUUCUGUUUACUUGCACCGUUUUAACUGUGAUUUCAUGUGAUUGGUUAUAUAAAACAAAUGCAACUCUUCUUUCCAAGAACUGUAUUUUCAAAUAAGAUUAUUCCUUCUAGUGGAGGAAAUCGAUCCUGUUGUUGCUGUGCUACUUAAAAAAACGUAUUUGUCACUGUUGCUCCUGAGUUCCUGCUGAUGUUUGAGUUUCACCACUGUACUUUUCAGAUUGUUUGGAUUCUGGAUUCUUUGAUCAGUGAUGUGAUUUCCUUUGUGUGAUAUUGACAGUGAACCGCCGCUGAGACCUGAGGUGCUCUUAGUUUUUUGUUUACGACUGUUGCUCUUCUCAUUGCCACCGAUCGUAGAGAACUGGUGACAGUUAACUGGUCCUGAGCACCUGCCCACCAGCAGGAGGAGCAAACUGGAUCCAUUCAUUCUAUGAGAAACCAUCUGUGCCCGUUUAUUUGCAUCCCUGCUGCUGAUUGUCUCUCGUGUGCUGGGGAUGCAAACUUGUUCACAUGUGCCAACCCUGCAGAGGACAGAGAGAAGCUGCCCCUGUGUGUUUCCCUCAUUACAAGACGACCUGAGCUUUCAUUUACUCCAACGUAAACACCUCUGCUCCUCUAAAGAUUCUGAAAACACUGUCGAUAUCUCACCCUGUUGGUUUUUUCCUGUUUAGUUGAUUUACGCUGGUUCCAUGUUUUUCCCGUCGGGCAGAUUUGACACUAUGGGAGCUGCCAGCACCAGUUUGACUGAUGAGCUCCGUCCCAGUGGCCUCUGCUGUUUGCAUGUGUGAGGGCCUGUGUGGAUAUGACGGCACGGUGCAUGCACACUGUAAAUACUCCUCUGUACUGUAGCUCGAGGCCCCAUCACAUCUGAGACCCGUGUUGUUUCUCAUUGUGAUCGUUUGUGAAAGUCGAGGAAAUGACAUCAGGAGGCGAUUCAGCCCCUUCCUACGGGCGAGUGGGCAGUGAUGAAACAUGGAAAGAAUUCCUACAGGGAGGAGAGGGGCUCCGACUCAGCCAGUAAACACUGACUCGCUCAAACUUUCUCUCUUUCUCCCGGUUGUCUCACUCACACACACACACAACGUUGGCUUUUCUCCUCCACGGUUAUUGCCUCAUAUACGAUUCUGGCCUGUUCCACGGACAUGAUAUCACACAGUCUGGUGGACGUGAUGAUCUGGCGUUAAAGUGCGAGUCUUGUGUAUUUUUGCUGAAGGCUGCUGACUGGUUGCGGGGCGAUAACACGGCUGCAGAGUGUGUGAUGCUCACGCUCCAGAGGGCCGAGCCAGACAGGAGCAGUCGCACUCUGAUUACCACAUGGCAGCCGCUGGAGUCAAAUCUAAAGAAUCUAGAAUUGCCUUCACCUCUCAGUCCUAAAAUCGAAAUAACAUCUUCUACAGGUAUUUCUUCUCUUGGCUGGAGACUCUGUUUGUGAGUAACUUUGGUGAGCCCCCCCCCCCACUCAUCCCUAUAGUCAUGCAGUGUGUGUCGGCCAUGUUCCCACUCAGGUCUCUUGGUUCUCAUUCGAGUUGUGAGUAAUGAUUACUUGUGUCAUGUUUAAUUGAGUCUUUCAUCUACUUAGUGUAAUAAAUUAACAUCUAUAAUU